UCUCCGUAUGCUAUUAUGCUCUUGGUGGGCAGCGGCCCUUGGAAACAGGCACGUUACCAUUGCGGAGUAAAUCUUGCAGCAGCACUGGCUGUAUAACUUGCAACUUGAUUCACAUCAAAACCAAUCCAUGGGAGAGUCAUAUAAGUGAAUCAAAGACUGUAAAGCAAACACUUAAAUCAUAAUCCACCAGUCUGUGGAAAAAAACGAAAAAAUGAAGAGGAACUUGACCGACCUUAGUCCCCCACAUUCAAUGGUAAGGUUAGCCUUGCAUUUCAGCCUCGCUAAAGCUAACCUUACCCCUUGGCGGUAAUCACGUAACAGAGUUAUUUUACCUCCUUAUUCUACAUAGCUGUUUAAUCUUGCCAUCUUCUUCUUGACUUGAAGGAUAAUAUACAUCAACAGCUUGUUUUCUGUCUAAAUUCUUGUCUUUCCCAUUCACAAUGGCAAGUCUUUUUACUCGCGCGGUUCCCCGUACUCUACGUGCAUUACCCCGCGCUUUUCCUGUUCAGAAAUCCUUCGGAGCCCCAGUUACUACCCCUCUAUCACGACGAUUCCUGGCCACAACUUCUUUACCUGAACAACCGCGAUUGAGAUUGGGUUCUGAAGGUAUGUGUACCUAUUUCUUAUCCUAAAUUCAUGCUUCAAUGAUAUAAUCGUUUGUUCAAAGCUAACAAUAUAGUUUCUAUCUAGCACCAAACUUUCAAGCUGAAACGACCCAUGGUCCAAUCGAUUUUCACAAGUUCAUCGAUAACAAAUGGACAAUCCUCUUCUCCCAUCCGGCAGACUUCACACCCGUGUGCACCACUGAGCUUGGUGCUUUUGCAAAGUUGAAGGAUGAAUUCGAGAAGCGGGGUGUCAACAUGAUUGGUUUGGUAUGAUUAUCAUUCCAUGCUGUCUAUAAGAGUUCCAUCCAACCACAUCAUAUGCUAAUGUGUCGAUUGAUUGAACAGUCCGCAGAUCCUCUUCCAUCCCACAAAGAAUGGAUCAAAGAUAUCAACGAAAUCUCCGGAGUGACACUACAAUUCCCCAUCAUUGCCGAUGCAGACCGCAAAGUAGCCUAUCUCUACGACAUGCUUGAUGCUCAAGACACAACCAACAUUGAUCAAAAAGGCAUUGCGUUUACCAUCCGCUCCGUUUUCAUUAUCGACCCUGCUAAGAAAAUCAGACUUACAAUGAUGUAUCCAGCAAGCUGCGGACGAAAUACUCAGGAAGUGCUGAGAGUCAUUGAUAGUUUACAGACGGCGGAUAAGAAGGGUGUUACUACACCAAUUGAUUGGCAGGCCGGGGAUGAUGUUAUUGUGCCACCCACAGUCAAGACGGAAGAUGCACGGAAGAAGUUUGGCGACGUUAGAGAAGUAAAGCCUUAUUUGAGGUUUACAAAUGUUGGGAAGUAAAUUCUCCAUUGUAAUGCUACCUACUAUCUUGAUAUCAUUAGAAGUUAAAUGUUUAGCAAUACCCAUGAGAGCUCAUCAUUUCCAUCGCUGCAUCAUUACUGGUUAUUGGAUCAAGGCUACCCUGGUUUGAGCUGGCCACAUUGCAACCCAUUACAAACUGCUGUAUUCUCCCGAAUCGGACCCAAGAAGCAAUCUUUUAUGCCAAUGUUGGGAAGAUGACCUUUCAUAGUGAUGGAUCUACUUCUUAGCAUUGCGUCUUGAAGUUGGCUCGUGACCUGUGCAAGGAUAACAAAUGGAAACAAGUCUUCGAUCAGCAGGUCAGUACCCAUGAGAUGUGUCACUAAUCCUACGACUGCCGGAAGCUUGUCUU